AUGACCUCUGCGCCUACCCGACGAAAGCAUCUGAAGAGCCGCAACGGCUGUAUUCAAUGCAAGAAGCGCAAAAUAAAAUGUGACGAAAAUGGAUCCGUCCCUUGCGCACAAUGUGUCAAAAGUCGGCAUGCCUGCUCCUUCGCUCCGCCCCCGGUUGUUGAUUCAAACUUCUCCACGACAUCCCGUUUGGACCUUGAACUACUCCACAACUACACCACCAAGACAGCAUGGUCUCUAUCAGAGAAUGUCGAGAUUCAGAGAUUCUUUGGUGCUGAGUUUGUCCAGCUUGCGAUGCAAAACGACUAUCUGCUUCACUGCAUCCUGGGUCUAUCAGCCUUCCACAUGGCAAAUCAACAUGGGAAGAUUGAAGAAUCCCAGUUGAUAGGCCUGGGCCAUUCGAAAGACAUCUAUCUUCGAGCAGCCUACAGCCACCACGACAGUGCACUGAAAGGCUAUCGUCAAUGUAUCUCAACCUUGAACCAAGCCACUUGUCACGCCAGUUUUGGCUGUGCUUGUCUCCUGUUCAUUACAUCAUUCGCCCGGCCAACAGAAAGCGACAAUAGGCCAAACCAGGCCAAUAAUCCUGCACAUGUAUGGCUUGGCUACCGACUAUCGGAAUGGAUCAUUCUGAUCAAAGGACUUCCAUCUAUCCUUACCUACGACGAAUUUCGUUCAGCGCUUGAGAAUGGACCGGUAGCUCCUCUCAUGAAAGACACCGAUGACCAUUCCGCACAAGACGGGACUCCACCGAUGGAGAGCGAGGUUGUCUACCAUCGAGUUCGUGAUCUAUCAACAGCUAUCGGGGAGAACUCUUCUGAUGAGAGAAUCGUUCAAAUCUGCCAAUCCUCUAUUGAAACGCUCUGCAGCAUCGUGGCUGAACUGAAACAAUCAAGUGACCACGUCCUUGCAUUCAUCUGGCCCAUCAGAGUCGAUCCAGAAUACCUUAUCAUUCUUGAAGAGAGGAAACCAGAGGCCUUAUUGGUAUUCGCGUACUACUGUGCCUUGCUCUACAUGUCGAGCUCCAGAUGGUGGACCAAGGGGUGGCCGCCACCAAUUGUCGAAUCCAUCAGAGACACCAUUGAUGAGAGGUGGGUCCCGUGGCUCCAGUGGCCCCUGCAGGUGAUCUUUGCCGGUACCGGAGAGCCAUUUGAGAUCGCCGAAAGGUGA